AUGGCAGGUGAAGAAAUGAAUGAAGACUAUCCGGUAGAAAUUCAUGAAUCUUUAUCAGACCGGGAGAGCUCCAUGGUUGCUGUGGAUGACAUGCUGAAGACCAUGAUGCCUGUCUCUAGAAACGAGUUGUUGCAGAAGUUGGACCCACUGGAGCAAGCAAAGGUGGAUUUAGUGUUUGCAUACAAAUUAAACUCAAUGUUUUGGGUUUAUUUGGCAACCCAAGGAGUUAAUCUGAAGGAACAUCUAGUGAAGCAAGAAUUGGAAAGAAUCAGAGUUUACAUGAACAGAGUCAAAGAAAUAACAGACAAGAAAAAGGCUGCCAAGCUGGACAGAAGUGCUGCCUCAAGAUUUGUCAAAAACGUGCUCUGGGAACCAAAACAGAAAAACACACCAAAUGUUGCUAAUAAAGGAAAAAGUAAGCAUUAA